AUGGCGGCGGCGGCGGCGACGGCGGAUGUGGUGGAGGAGCUCACGAGGGUGUACCGGGAGCUGCCGCCGCGGCCGGCGGUGGAGGAGGUGGAGGCGGCGGCGGCGGUGCUGGCCUCGGCCGACGCGGAGGAGGAGGCGCGCCUGGCGGAGGUCGCGCGGGAGGAGGCGGCGCGGCUGCGGGAGGCGGAGGGGGUGUCCGGGGAGCUCCUCGCCGUGCUGCGCGAGGCCAGGCGCGCCGCGGUGCGGCUGCGCGCGCUGCAGCAGCGGAAGGAGGCCGCGCACGUCGUCGAGCUCGAGAGGCGGUUCAAGGUGCUCGACGGCCUCAUCCAGAGGGCGUCGCGGGUCGUGUCCCCUUCUGGCGAAGGUAGCAGCGCCGGCGGCGGUGGUGUGGAGACGGAGGAGGUAGUGGAGGAGAUGGAUGCUAGGCGUAGCGACGUCGCGGCGGCGGCGGCCGCGGUCGGGGAGAUAGAGCGCGGAAACAGGGGUGUCGGCUUCGGCUUGGACACCAAGGCCGUCUCGUCCCUGCUUCGCAAUGGUUCUACAGGCAGUGACAUGGUGGACCAGAAAUUGAGCCUUAUCCAAGUGGCAAGCCUCAUAGAGUCAUCAGCAAAGAGAGGGACUACGGAGCUCAAUCUCCGAGGGAAGCUGGUAGACCAAAUCGAGUGGCUCCCUGUCUCACUUGGGAAGUUGCAAGAUGUUACUGAGCUUGAUAUAUCUGAGAACAGGAUCAUGGCACUCCCAUCAACAGUUGGUAGCCUUAGAUAUUUGACAAAGCUUGACAUCCAUUCAAACCAGUUGAUCAAUCUGCCUGAUACAUUUGGGGAGCUAUCUAGCUUAAUUGAUCUUGAUUUGCAUGCAAACCAGCUGAAGUCUCUUCCGGUAUCAUUUGGAAAUCUCACAAGCCUAGCAAACCUUGACCUGAGCUCGAAUCAGUUCAAGAUACUGCCAGACUGUAUAGGAAAAUUAAUGAACUUGAGAAGAUUAAUAGCUGAGACGAAUGAGCUUGAGGAGCUACCCUAUACUAUAGGGUCUUGCAUAUCUCUUGUGGAACUUAGAUUGGACUUCAACCAGUUAAAAGCCCUUCCAGAAGGUAUUGGGAAGUUGGAAAAGCUAGAAAUUCUCACAUUGCACUACAACAGAAUCAAAGGUCUGCCUACAACAAUUGGUUCGCUUACCAGACUGAGAGAGCUGGAUGUCAGUUUCAAUGAAGUUGAAGGAAUCCCUGAGAGCAUUUGCUUUGCCACUAGCCUGGUGAAGUUAAAUGUCAGCAGGAACUUUGCUGAUUUAAGAGCACUGCCAAGAUCAAUAGGAAAUCUUGAGAUGCUUGAGGAGUUAGACAUCAGCAGCAACCAGAUAAGAAUGCUGCCAGAUUCAUUCGAGUUCCUUGCAAAGCUUCGUGUAUUUCACGCCGACGAGACUCCACUAGAAGUACCACCAAGAGAAGUUAUCAAGUUAGGGGCUCAGGCGGUGGUCCAGUAUGUGGCUGAUAUGGUUGCUUCAAGAGGAGCAAGCCAGAAGAAAACAGACGGGACAAGCUUCUGGGCCUGGUUCCGCUCACUGUUUGGUUGCUGCAAAAAAGAUGAAGAACUGGGAUUGGUUCCAGCUUAG